AUGGGAUCAUCCUUCAGUUGCUGUGGUUCUGGCAAGGUUGAUGAAGGGCUGAACUUGGGUGGAGGUGACAGUCCAUGGAGAAUCUUCACGUACAAGGAGUUGCAUGCUGCUACGAAUGGGUUCAGUGAGGAUAACAAGCUUGGAGAAGGAGGAUUUGGCAGUGUCUACUGGGGCAAAACCUCUGAUGGUCUUCAGAUAGCUGUGAAGAAGUUGAAAUCCAUGAACUCAAAGGCUGAAAUGGAAUUUGCUGUGGAAGUUGAAGUUCUUGGAAGGGUACGGCACAAGAAUCUCUUGGGUCUGAGAGGGUAUUGUGCAGGGAAUGAUCAAAGACUCAUUGUUUAUGACUACAUGCCAAAUCUCAGCUUGUUGUCUCAUCUACAUGGUCAAUUUGCAGGAGAAGUUCAACUAGAUUGGAAAAAGAGAAUGAAAGUCGCAAUUGGGUCGGCCGAAGGCUUAUUGUACUUGCACCAUGAGGUCACACCACACAUUAUUCACAGAGAUGUCAAAGCAAGCAAUGUCCUUCUGGAUUCAAAUUUUGAGCCAUUGGUUGCUGAUUUUGGGUUUGCGAAGCUGAUUCCAGAGGGUGUUAGCCACAUGACAACCCGGGUUAAGGGCACUCUGGGAUAUCUAGCACCGGAAUAUGCUAUGUGGGGAAAGGUUUCCGAGAGCUGCGAUGUGUACAGUUUUGGGAUUCUUCUACUUGAGCUCGUCACUGGAAGAAAACCUAUCGAAAAGCUCCCUGGUGGUGUGAAGAGGACAAUUACUGAAUGGGCUGAGCCGAUGAUAGUUAAAGGGAAGUUUAGAGAUCUUGUGGAUCCGAAACUUCGAGGAAAUUUCGAUGAAAACCAACUCAAACAAGCUAUCAAUGCUGCUGCGCUAUGCGUGCAAAGUGAGCCAGAGAAACGGCCUAACAUGAAGGAAGUAGUUGGCCUUCUGAAAGGGUAUGAGCCCAAAGGAAAGGUGAUGCAGAUGAGAAUUGAAAGCAUUAAAUAUGGGGAUGAUUUGAUGGCACUUGAUCGAGGUAGUGACGACGACGACGGUAAUGGUUGUGGUGGUGGUCAUGACGAAGAAAGUCGUAGUGAAUAUGGUGUCUUUGGGGCUAUGGAUGUGCAAAAGAUGCAAGAUCCAUACAAGCGCUAUGGAGAGGAAAAAAUGGGGAGACGUGGAUGUGAGAGUGUUCAUUAAUCUUGCUCUUGAUUAUGUUGAUACCAACAUGAACAACAUUCCCAAUAGAAGAAAGUAUUUGAGGGAAUUUGUAGUUUUACACAGUUUUGAAGUUUUUAACAUGACUAUAAUCCCUAUGUUUCU